AUGAUAAGUGAUGAAAAAGGGGAAAUGGCAUCAUAUUUGAGUGGAAUAUAUUUAUCCAGCUAUUGGGGUGCAUUUAUUUCACCAUCAUCGCCAACAUCAUCAUCAUCAGCAGAACAAGGCUACUUAACUAAGAGUUCAAGGAAUAUCACCGUCAAUUUUAACUUUAUUGUCAUUUUAGACGGUCAACAUGUGUAUAUUUUGAUUCGUGAUUUAUCUCAAGAGCCUUAUCAACGUCAUCAAUACAAUUAUAUUGCAUAG